AUGACCUCAAAUCCACAAUAUGACCGCGAGACGACGGCGACCGAGGUGGCAGAGGCCUUCAGCGACGAAAUUCGAGGCAAAACAGUGGUUAUCGUCGGUGUGUCACCUCAAAGUCUAGGCGAAUCUAUGUCCCUGGCACUCGCCUCACAGUCGCCGUUGCUGUUGGUGCUUGCGUCGCGGACGUUGUCCAAAAUUGAGGAUGUCGCCACGAAGAUCAGAGGUCCGUAUCCCAAUGUUUCGCUUCAGCUCGUGGAGAUAGACUUGUCUUCUCUCGAGGCUGUCCGCAAAGGUGCCGCGACCAUUAAUAGGGUCGUGAACCAAAUCGACAUUCUCAUCAAUAAUGCCGGUGUGGUGAUGCAAACCCACGCAUUCACCACAGACGGACUUGAACUUCAAUUCGGCACGAACCACGUUGGUCCAUUCCUCCUCACCAAUCUUCUUAUGCCCAAGAUUCUCAAGGCUGCACAAAGUUCCCAGUUAAAGGGAUCAACCAGAAUUGUCAAUGUGACAAGCCAAGGGCAUGUCAUCUCCCCGAUCCGCUUUAGUGAUUAUAAUCUCCACAGGCGGCCUGAAGAUAUUCCACCAGAGGAACGACCGAUGACAAAUGCCAACAUGUCGUUUGACCCGCCUCCCGGGGUGACAUAUGUGCCAUUCGUCGCAUAUGGCCAAUCCAAGACGGCCAACAUUCUGUUAUCACUCUAUCUAACUCGGCAUCUCUCACAAAACGGGGUCAUCUCAAUAGCCACCCAUCCCGGUUCCAUCUGGACGGAUCUCUCCCGCAACCUUGACGAGAAGUACACCAAAUUAAUCAGCAAGACGGGCGGGUUUUGGAAAAGUCUCGACCAAGGAAGUGCCACGACUUUGGUCGCAGCUUUGGACCCCAAGCUGAGCGAGGACGACCGGGUGAUUUAUCUCAGCGAUUGCCAAGUAGCCCAAUCAGCUGGACAUGCGAGUGAUGAAAAAGCAGCAGAGAGGCUCUGGAAAUUGAGUGAGGAUAUUGUCGGGCAGAAGUUUGAGCUAGAGGCUGCAAGCAGGUUAUGA